CAUUUUGUCAACGGGCUAGAUCAAAUAUUUUGUCUCGUACUGUCAAGUCAAGCAAAUUAUUGACAAAAACCCACAUUUCAUAACAUGUGGGAUGUCUGAGUUGAGUAAUAACUGUCAAACAGCGACCAACCAAGCGUGAUAUUUACCGAGCAGCUGGAUUAAGUAAUUCCUUGUAAAACAUAAUGCAUCAUUUAUAAAAGGACAAAAAUAGGAACAAAAGCAGACUGUGAAAGACCCAGAUCUAAAACGAUUUUUUCCGUGACAAGAUAGAGAAUAUCCGAGAUUACAGGUGAGGAGAUGAUGCAUCCUAGUUUAUAGAUUUACCUUUAAAAAUGUGUAUUCAGAGGAGUGUAAAGACAAUCCACAACUACCUGUCGAAUGGCGUCAGCCAAACGUGUGUAUUUUAGCCCUCAUAUCUAUAAACAAAGCUUUUAGCUUUUAGCUUUUAAGUUUUUGUUUAGUCUCGGCGCUAAUUGGUUAGUAACAGCGUCAUAACGUGGCUGAUCUCUGUUUCCGAAGCUCGAAACUAAAUCCAACUCUUAAAGAAUUUCUGUCAAUUCUUAAAAGUCAAUUUUAAAAAGCAAAAGUUUUAGCCUUGUAUGACGAAAUGUGCACUUAAGUGUGAUUAUAGUUUAGAGAAAAGUGAAAGGAAACCCAUAGAAUUCUAUUUUAUGGCUUUUCGUGAAAAGUAUGGGCAAGUUCUCAAAGCCAAGCUUGAUUAGAAAAUAAUAGCAAACUCGAGUUAAUGAACUGAAGAAAGAGAAAUUGAGAGGAGUAAUCAUAAAUGUCCUCGAAGGCCUUUGGAGAGGAUAAUAAGGCCCAAAGAUUUGCCACAAAGAUGUGAUUUCGUUUUCCGUGAUAACCAAAAAUUACCUAGGACUGUAUAUCGAAAGAGCCAUUUUCCUCGCCAAUUCAAAACAAUCGUUUAAACAUCAGUUCUGAGAAUUUUCAAAUGUUCUUCUAGAACAUCCCUUCCUUGUUUCGCCAUCAUUGACUGCAUGAAUUUAAACCUCUACGCAAUCAGUUUAUUUUCACAGCUUACAUAAAGGAAAGGGUUUUGUAUUAUUUUUAUGAGAAAAACGAAUAAUAAACUGAAUUUGUAAUUAGUCUCGCUAAUUUCAAGCUGUUCACAGGUGUUAAUUUAGUUAUUGAUUCACGAAAGGCAAAUCUGUUUUCUAUAGAAAGAACACCAGCAAUACAUUUAUAUAUCUUUGUUGUGAAAAAUGUGCUAAGAAAUACGAAAAUGAACUUUGAUUUAUUCAUACAAGAAUACUUUUAAGUUCUAAACAAAGAAUAAGCAGAUGAAAUGUUUUGUUAAUUUUACUCAUAAUGAUAAACAAACUGGCAUACUCUUUUUUUCAGAGCGUUCUCUCUCGAACUUGUGCACUUCACCUGUAACAGCAUUUCCGCAAAAUGAGACUCACAAAAACGCGCACACCAAUUGUUUAUUAUUUUUUUUCAAUCCACGUGUAUCCCAAAUUCUUCUACACUACAAUAAGCUUUUUUAAUUCUGUAGCAACGAAUACUAUGAUACUGUUCUCACGCAUGAGAUAUCCGAACUUGUUAUUUUUUUUUCCUUGUUCAUACCUAGAACCACUUGUGCAUAAUUUUUUUUCUAACUCCGGGAAUCCCUUGACGUUUAAUCUCAAAGGUAUUUACAGUUUAGUGCCAUUUUAUGCAUCAACUGUGAACUUCUUAUUUGUACGAUGAAUAACAAAGCUUUUAUCAUUUCUUUUACAGAUAUGGGUCUAAGAAUUUUAAUUGCAUCUUGCCUUGUGGCAUUAGUAUGUGGAAAAACACUCGGUAAGAGAUAUUUCGUUGCUUUUCCAAGGAUAUCAAUGUUUGUAACUGUACUUAAAGGAAUCCGAAACAUGAGGAUACUUUUUUACGGUGAUUUUGUGUCACAACGUCAUAGUUUUUGUCUCAAAAUAUUCCAAUCGUGUUUCUGAAAAAGAAGACCCAUCUUACCCGUGGAAAGGAACAAAAAAAUCGCUUUGUUUAUGAUAAAAAAAAUAAACCUUCUACCUCUUGACACCACCUUUAAGAUGAAAACGUUUGCUUACACGAUGCUUACGUCCUGUCCCUUCGCAAUGACUAAUUAUUCUAAAGCAAACUAAUGCUAUAUAUUGUCUUUAUUAAUUUAUGAACGAUUAGAAGUUGACCCUAGCAUUGUUCCGUUUAGUCUGUUUAAAUCACAGUAUUAAUCGUAUUUUCUGUACAGAAGAUAAAGAAAAGCGAGAGGCCAGCCCCUGUGGUUAUGGAUGUCCAUCCAUGUGUGCUCCAGCUUGUGAACCAACGUGUUGUGCCCCACCCCCACCCCCUCCACCACCACCAUGUCCCGUCCCCGUUCCUGUGCCGUGCCCACAACCAGGACCCCCAGGACAACCAGGGUGCAUGGGACCACCCGGACUUCCCGGAUGUCGUGGAUUCCCCGGUAGUCCAGGAUGUAUGGGACCAAUGGGACCAAUGGGACCUCCCGGAGCACCCGGAUGCCCCGGUCUACCCGCUCCACCCCCACCGCCUUGUCCCCCCAUCUGUAUCCAUCAUUGUAUGAAGAUUUGCCCUCAGCCAUGCUGCACUCCACCACCUGUGUACAUUCCUCCCCCUCCACCACCACCUAUGCCAGUUUGUGCCCCGGCUUGCGCUCCUGCUUGCUGUAAAUAGAGCGUUUGAAAUCAGGAGAAGAGAGUUUUAGAUCGAUGACGUGCCCUGUGGGCAGAAUAGCAGACCAGUGGUUUGGAUUUUUGAUUUCAUGUUUUCAGCCCUGACUUCCUGAGGAACAAAAACUUGUAUUGAAAUUAUUUCUGUUUGAUACAUUGAAAAAAAUAAUAAAUAUCAGUUUCCAAUAUCGUGUGGCCUUCAACUGAGCUUGUAAAUGAGAGCCGAUGGCAAGAAUGGUAGCUUGCAUCACAUCAUUAAAGCGUGAUACAGUAGCUCUCGACAAUCAAAAGGAAGGAGCCUAAAUAUUGAUGAAACUAGCGGCAGUGAACAAAUUGUAAUCCGUUUUUGUGAGACUCAAACCCUAAGAGCUUAUUAUUUAAACAAAGUUUAGCCGUUAUUUAACAAAUCCU